AUGGAGCCUGAUGGGCUGGAGGCUCGAAAGGAUGAGUUCAGCGCCUUGCUGAAAGAAGUGGUGGAAUCUCUUGAAGCUAAGAAAGCAAGCCAACCGUCCAGCUGUAGUGAAGAGCUUGGUGCUGAGUGCAACAAGCCGAGGAGAGCUUACCUAGUGACGUUGUCUCACACAGACAAGGAAGAGAAUUCAGAUGGACAAAAGUUGGUGGCUCCUGGGACUUACACCCGUGCGCAAGUCAAAGACUUUUUCUUAGGAGCUCUUGCUUCCACCCAAUCAAGCAGAGAGCUGCCUCUGACCUUCACACACAUGGCAGUCUUUCAGGAGCGCCACGCAUCAGGUGAAGUUCAUUACCAUGUGGCAGUGUUAGCCGACAAGUCUUUCCGCUUCGUGGCCUUGAAGCGCCAACUGCUGGCUGCGCAUGGCCUAGCCAGUCAUUGGUCUGGAAAAACAGACGGGUAUGCUGGCUGCAUUGCCUACUGCUACUUGCCUUCACCCACAAAAGCCGUGGAAGAAUUGGAUCCCGCACCUGAGUUGUGGCCUUCCACUCACCCACCUUUGUCUGAGGCCAGUAGAGGGUAUGUGAGCGCCAAGAAUUUGGAAGUGCAUCGUGAGGAGCAAAGGCGCAAACGUGCAGCCAAAGGCAAGGGAGAGCGGAAGACGGAGGGCAGUGGAUUUGUGGCCCAUCACCACCCAAUUUCACCACCUUAUCCGGAAAAAUUCCUGCCGAUGAAGUGUGCGAGAGAAAAGUUGAUGUCGUAUGCCAAGCGCAGUGGUGGCCGAGCGUUGGUUGAGUUUUGUUUUGCCAACUGGGACAAGCUUCCUGCCAUUGUUGCCAAGUCAUGGAAGACUGAGAAGGUUGAGGACUUGGUUGCAGCAGCUGCGCAGAGCCGCAUGGACAUCCUGGCAGGAGCUUGCAGUGCUGAGUGCACUUGUGGCGGACAAUGGGCCGACUUUGCUCGAGACAUCCUUUGCCAAAAUGGGCACAAUCCAGUCCAGUGGUGCAAGGCGGUGACGGAUUCGCUUUUAGCAGGACGUUCGAAAGGCAACCUUGUGUGCCACGCAGGGUUUGAAGGUAAUGAAGGCAAAAGCUUUUUGUUUCGCCCCUUGCCCUUGGUCUUUGGUGAAGACAAUGUUUUGGUGACCCCUCCAAAGAGUGCCUUCCCUUUGCUUGGCUUGGAAAAGGCCAGAGUGGUUUGGCUCGAUGACUGGAGGUUUAAUGAGGACAUCGUCUCCUGGGCGGUGCAGCUAUUGUGGUUUGAAGGCGCUGGCUUUGUCAUCGCAAGGCCGCAGAAUUUGUUUUCCGGCCACUUGCGUUACACGAAAGACGACCCUAUUUUCAUUACCACCUUGCAAGCAGAUUUGCAUGCCUUGAAAGGGAAGCUGAAGCAGGGCGAUGUCGACAUGAUGGUGAAGCGGCUGAAAGUGUUUGAAUUCAAGCACAAAGUCAACAUUCCCAGCCAGGUGGCUAAAGGUUGCAAGUCCUGUUUUGCAAAUUUCGUGUUGGAGCUAGGGCAAGCAAGGAGCCACCGCUCUGAGCCUGCGAAAAGGGAGGCUACAUCGUCGGGUGAGACACCUGAGCCCAAGAGAAUGUUGUGUUUGGCCUGGACUGUUGAUGACGUCUGCAGGUACAUCAUACAUCUGGAGUUGGGGCAUGUGAUUGAAGCCUUUCGGGAGAAUGGGGUGGAUGGCCGCAUGCUGGCAUCUUUGUUCGAAGCAGAUUUGAUCUCUGAGCUCGGAUUGAAGCCCUUGCAAGCCCGCAAAGUCAAGGUCCACAGCUGGGAGGGGCAGCCCUUCAUGUCUCGAGCUCAGAUGUGUGUUUCAGAGUCCACAGCUCGGAGGGGCAGCCCUUCAUGUCUCGAGGUGUCCCGCCGAAUCCGGUGUUUGCAGCGGAAGCUGCGUCGUCGCCGCGUGAAGGAGGAUGCGCAGCAAGGCUUUUUAAGCCCCAAGAUGGCAAGCUCAGCACUUAUGGUUUAUGUUUUUAGCGGCCAUGACUUGGAUAUGGCUGCCCAAUUCUUGGCUUUCAAGUUGCGCCUUGCAGAUGACCGCAUGGAAGACAUGCGCUGCAUGUUUGAGCAGGUUUACACGCAAGAGCCAACUCCCCAGAUUGUGGAUUUGAUGAAUGACCGAUGCCUUAUGGCCAGGAGCCUGCGAGUGAUGACAGCUGCCUGCACUUUCAUCCUGCAGCGACGCCUGUACACGUGGCUUUGUCAACAAAAUUGCAAGCAUGGAGUGGCUCCCAGCAGGCUUCAAAUGGUCCGACGUGCCCUUGCACUGGUGCCUUUAGAGUGUCCGCUGGAAGUGCAAGCCUCUGUUGCGGCGUCCUUGCGAAGCUCUGCGCGGCAGCAACGGAAGUGGCUGCGCCGUUUCCGACAAGUAUGGGGAGCUCGUUUGGGGGUGCUGAAAAACAUUUCAAGUUUGUCACCCCAGGACAUGCAGGAGAAGGCAGUCCUUGCAGAGGAGCUGAAGAACUUGAAGGACCAGAAGAAGAGCUUGCGCGAGGCCGCCAAGCAGCUCUCCACAGCAGAUUUGAAGCGCUUGGUCGAAGCGAAGGAGAAAGCUGACAGAGACGCCGCUGCUGCCGCGGCCGCUGCGCCGGCCGCUGCGCAAGAAGGUGUAGGUUUUGGCAUGCUGCUGAGGCGAGGCAUACCUGCUGAGAAAAUGGCUAUCAAAAGUGUCGAAACGGGUUUGUCUGGACCUCAGAUCCGAUUGUGCAGUGUGCAUUCCCAGCUUUGCCUUCGGUUGAAGCUUGUUUCCAAAGACGAGCAGACAUCUUUGUACUUUAUUGCGCAGUUAGUACGCCUGGCCGUGGCUUUGCAUUCUCUGGAGCAUCGUUUCCUAACACAUACGCCGCACUCAGCUUUGCCUUCCGUGGAAGACCUUUUCCAAAGACAAGCAGACGUCUUUGUACUUUGUGUGGGCCCGCUUGACAUGAGAAGGCUUAUCUACAAGGCGCGGUUGCCGCUGCUGGAUUCACGUCGUGGUAGCAUCACCAUGGAUCCUGUGGAGCCUGCUGCGGCGUUGCCAGAAGUGACGCAAGAUGUGCCAGAUGCAGACACACUGAAGGAGGUAGCAGGGCGACUUGUGAGGGACCUUGACUUGCACCAGUGUAGCAUCAAAGAGUGUAGAGCCAAGGUUGCAGUUGCUUGCGGGAUGGAGCCUGAUGGGCUGGAGGCUCGAAAGGAUGAGUUCAGCGCCUUGCUGAAAGAAGUGGUGGAAUCUCUUGAAGCUAAGAAAGCAAGCCAACCGUCCAGCUGUAGUGAAGAGCUUGGUGCUGAGUGCAACAAGCCGAGGAGAGCUUACCUAGUGACGCUGUCUCACACAGACAAGGAAGAGAAUUCAGAUGGACAAAAGUUGGUGGCUCCUGGGACUUACACCCGUGCGCAAGUCAAAGACUUUUUCUUAGGAGCUCUUGCUUCCACCCAAUCAAGCAGAGAGCUGCCUCUGACCUUCACACACAUGGCAGUCUUUCAGGAUCGCCACGCAUCAGGUGAAGUUCAUUACCAUGUGGCAGUGUUAGCCGACAAGUCUUUCCGCUUCGUGGCCUUGAAGCGCCAACUGCUGGCUGCGCAUGGCCUAGCCAGUCAUUGGUCUGGAAAAACAGACGGGUAUGCUGGCUGCAUUGCCUACUGCUACUUGCCUUCGCCCACAAAAGCCGUGGAAGAAUUGGAUCCCGCACCUGAGUUGUGGCCUUCCACUCACCCACCUUUGUCUGAGGCCAGUAGAGGGUAUGUGAGCGCCAAGAAUUUGGAAGUGCAUCGUGAGGAGCAAAGGCGCAAACGUGCAGCCAAAGGCAAGGGAGAGCAGCGUGUCCGGGAAGUGGAUUUGUGGCCCAUCAUUAUCCGGGAAAACAUCCUGCCAGAUGAAGUGUGCGGAGAAAAGUUGAUGUCGUAUGCCAAGCGCAGUGGUGGCCGAGCGUUGGUUGAGUUUUGUUUUGCCAACUGGGACAAGCUUCCUGCCAUUGUUGCCAAGUCAUGGAAGACUGAGAAGGUUGAGGACUUGGUUGCAGCAGCUGCGCAGAGCCGCAUGGACAUCUUGGCAGGAGCUUGCAGUGCUGAGUGCACUUGUGGCGGACAAUGGGCCGACUUUGCUCGAGACAUCCUUUGCCAAAAUGGGCACAAUCCAGUCCAGUGGUGCAAGGCGGUGACGGAUUCGCUUUUAGCAGGACGUUCGAAAGGCAACCUUGUGUGCCACGCAGGGUUUGAAGGUAAUGAAGGCGAAAGCUUUUUGUUUCGCCCCUUGCCCUUGGUCUUUGGUGAAGACAAUGUUUUCGUGACCCCUCCAAAGAGUGCCUUCCCUUUGCUUGGCUUGGAAAAGGCCAGAGUGGUUUGGCUCGAUGACUGGAGGUUUAAUGAGGACAUCGUCUCCUGGGCGGUGCAGCUAUUGUGGUUUGAAGGCGCUGGCUUUGUCAUCGCAAGGCCGCAGAAUUUGUUUUCCGGCCACUUGCGUUACACGAAAGACGACCCUAUUUUCAUUACCACCUUACAAGCAGAUUUGCAUGCCUUGAAAGGGAAGCUGAAGCAGGGCGAUGUCGACAUGAUGGUGAAGCGGCUGAAAGUGUUUGAAUUCAAGCACAAAGUCAACAUUCCCAGCCAGGUGGCCAAAGGUUGCAAGUCCUGUUUUGCAAAUUUCGUGUUGGAGCUAGGGCAAGCAAGGAGCCACCGCUCUGAGCCUGCGAAAAGGGAGGCUACAUCGUCGGGUGAGACACCUGAGCCCAAGAGAAUGUUGUGUUUGGCCUGGACUGUUGAUGACGUCUGCAGGUACAUCAUACAUCUGGAGUUGGGGCAUGUGAUUGAAGCCUUUCGGGAGAAUGGGGUGGAUGGCCGCAUGCUGGCAUCUUUGUCCGAAGCAGAUUUGAUCUCUGAGCUCGGAUUGAAGCCCUUGCAAGCCCGCAAAGUCAAGGUGUCCCGCCGAAUCCGGUGUUUGCAGCGGAAGCUGCGUCGUCGCCGCGUGAAGGAGGAUGCGCAGCAAGGCUUUUUAAGCCCCAAGAUGGCAAGCUCAGCACUUAUGGUUUAUGUUUUUAGCGGCCAUGACUUGGAUAUGGCUGCCCAAUUCUUGGCUUUCAAGUUGCGCCUUGCAGAUGACCGCAUGGAAGACAUGCGCUGCAUGUUUGAGCAGGUUUACACGCAAGAGCCAACUCCCCAGAUUGUGGAUUUGAUGAAUGACCGAUGCCUUAUGGCCAGGAGCCUGCGAGUGAUGACAGCUGCCUGCACUUUCAUCCUGCAGCGACGCCUGUACACGUGGCUUUGUCAACAAAAUUGCAAGCAUGGAGUGGCUCCCAGCAGGCUUCAAAUGGUCCGACGUGCCCUUGCACUGGUGCCUUUAGAGUGUCCGCUGGAAGUGCAAGCCUCUGUUGCGGCGUCCUUGCGAAGCUCUGCGCGGCAGCAACGGAAGUGGCUGCGCCGUUUCCGACAAGUAUGGGGAGCUCGUUUGGGGGUGCUGAAAAACAUUUCAAGUUUGUCACCCCAGGACAUGCAGGAGAAGGCAGGGCAAGUUUCAAAAUCGGGAGCUCUGACCUACAUAGCUUCCAUUUGCGACGAUCCUACAGUCAAUGAUUUGUUGCCCCAGAUAUUGCUCGGAAAUCCUCACCAAUUUGUGCUACGCACAAUACGGGCUGUGCAGUCAGAGCUGCCUGCAAACAUUUUUCUUUGGCGGGAAGAGAGCUCUUGGAACAAUGCUAGGAUCAUGCAGAAAUACAUCGACCUUCUUUGCAGCCGGCUGGGAGGAAUUCUGGAGGAACGGACUGUUUUCCUGGUUGUUGAUAUGGCAGCUUGCCACAUACAGCCAAGCGUCCAUUCGCACGCCUUGGAGCAAGGAGUCUUGUUGAAGCUUUGGGUUUGUAGAAGUCAGUUGCCUUACAGUCUUACAGUUAGCUUGGAAAGCAUGGAUCCUGUGGAGCCUGCUGCGGCGUUGCCAGAAGUGACGCAAGAUGUGCCAGAUGCAGACACACUGAAGGAGGUAGCAGGGCGACUUGUGAGGGACCUUGACUUGCACCAGUGUAGCAUCAAAGAGUGUAGAGCCAAGGUUGCAGUUGCUUGCGGGAUGGAGCCUGAUGGGCUGGAGGCUCGAAAGGAUGAGUUCAGCGCCUUGCUGAAAGAAGUGGUGGAAUCUCUUGAAGCUAAGAAAGCAAGCCAACCGUCCAGCUGUAGUGAAGAGCUUGGUGCUGAGUGCAACAAGCCGAGGAGAGCUUACUUAGUGACGUUGUCUCACACAGACAAGGAAGAGAAUUCAGAUGGACAAAAGUUGGUGGCUCCUGGGACUUACACCCGUGCGCAAGUCAAAGACUUUUUCUUAGGAGCUCUUGCUUCCACCCAAUCAAGCAGAGAGCUGCCUCUGACCUUCACACACAUGGCAGUCUUUCAGGAGCGCCACGCAUCAGAUGAAGUUCAUUACCAUGUGGCAGUGUUAGCCGACAAGUCUUUCCGCUUCGUGGCCUUGAAGCGCCAACUGCUGGCUGCGCAUGGCCUAGCCAGUCAUUGGUCUGGAAAAACAGACGGGUAUGCUGGCUGCAUUGCCUACUGCUACUUGCCUUCGCCCACAAAAGCCGUGGAAGAAUUGGAUCCCGCACCUGAGCUGUGGCCUUCCACUCACCCACCUUUGUCUGAGGCCAGUAGAGGGUAUGUGAGCGCCAAGAAUUUGGAAGUGCAUCGUGAGGAGCAAAGGCGCAAACGUGCAGCCAAAGGCAAGGGAGAGCAGCGUGUCCGGGAAGUGGAUUUGUGGCCCAUCAUUAUCCGGGAAAACAUCCUGCCAGAUGAAGUGUGCGGAGAAAAGUUGAUGUCGUAUGCCAAGCGCAGUGGUGGCCGAGCGUUGGUUGAGUUUUGUUUUGCCAACUGGGACAAGCUUCCUGCCAUUGUUGCCAAGUCAUGGAAGACUGAGAAGGUUGAGGACUUGGUUGCAGCAGCUGCGCAGAGCCGCAUGGACAUCUUGGCAGGAGCUUGCAGUGCUGAGUGCACUUGUGGCGGACAAUGGGCCGACUUUGCUCGAGACAUCCUUUGCCAAAAUGGGCACAAUCCAGUCCAGUGGUGCAAGGCGGUGACGGAUUCGCUUUUAGCAGGACGUUCGAAAGGCAACCUUGUGUGCCACGCAGGGUUUGAAGGUAAUGAAGGCAAAAGCUUUUUGUUUCGCCCCUUGCCCUUGGUCUUUGGUGAAGACAAUGUUUUCGUGACCCCUCCAAAGAGUGCCUUCCCUUUGCUUGGCUUGGAAAAGGCCAGAGUGGUUUGGCUCGAUGACUGGAGGUUUAAUGAGGACAUCGUCUCCUGGGCGGUGCAGCUAUUGUGGUUUGAAGGCGCUGGCUUUGUCAUCGCAAGGCCGCAGAAUUUGUUUUCCGGCCACUUGCGUUACACGAAAGACGACCCUAUUUUCAUUACCACCUUGCAAGCAGAUUUGCAUGCCUUGAAAGGGAAGCUGAAGCAGGGCGAUGUCGACAUGAUGGUGAAGCGGCUGAAAGUGUUUGAAUUCAAGCACAAAGUCAACAUUCCCAGCCAGGUGGCCAAAGGUUGCAAGUCCUGUUUUGCAAAUUUCGUGUUGGAGCUAGGGCAAGCAAGGAGCCACCGCUCUGAGCCUGCGAAAAGGGAGGCUACAUCGUCGGGUGAGACACCUGAGCCCAAGAGAAUGUUGUGUUUGGCCUGGACUGUUGAUGACGUCUGCAGGUACAUCAUACAUCUGGAGUUGGGGCAUGUGAUUGAAGCCUUUCGGGAGAAUGGGGUGGAUGGCCGCAUGCUGGCAUCUUUGUCCGAAGCAGAUUUGAUCUCUGAGCUCGGAUUGAAGCCCUUGCAAGCCCGCAAAGUCAAGGACCGCUUGACUUAG